UGGGAGCUCGGGCACGGCGAGCGAGGCGGUGUGAAGUGUUCGGGACACGGUUCGGUUCGAAGAAGGAACUUUGGACGGACAUGAGGACAUGUGUUUUCGGAGUGUUGUAUAAACUCUAAUUAAGGAAAAUAUCGUUUAACUGAGCUGUUUUUUCUUCUUUAACCUCACGAGUGAAGCCACAGUUUGAAGUUGAGAAGAUGCGAACCGUGUUUUGAGCUGAUGUUCACUAACUUUACUGGCACUUUAAAACAAGUUUUAAAAUAAAUAUAGUUUCUUUGGAGCUUAGAUACAUAAUUAAAACAAGAUGGCAGAGCACGAAAGCCUGGAGUUUGGAAAGGCUGACUUUGUGCUUUUGGACAACGUGUCAAUGGAAGAAUUUAUGGCCAACUUAAAACUCAGGUUUGAAAAGGGGAGGAUCUACUCCUACAUCGGAGAGGUGGUGGUGUCCGUUAACCCUUACCGUGCCAUGAACGUUUACGGCCGGGACACCAUCGAACAGUAUAAAGGCCGUGAGCUGUACGAGAGGCCGCCCCACCUCUUCGCCAUCGCCGACGCUGCUUACAAAGCCAUGAAGAGGCGGAACAAAGACACCUGUAUUGUCAUCUCAGGGGAAAGUGGUGCGGGGAAGACCGAGGCCAGCAAGUACAUAAUGCAAUACAUAGCUGCUAUUACCAAUCCUAAUCAGKGGGCUGAAGUUGAAAGAGUCAAAAACAUGCUGCUAAAAUCCAACUGCGUCCUGGAAGCCUUCGGCAACGCCAAAACCAACCGCAACGACAACUCCAGCCGCUUCGGCAAGUACAUGGACAUCAACUUCGACUUCAAYGGGGAUCCCAUCGGGGGCCACAUCAACAACUACCUGCUGGAGAAGUCCAGGGUCAUUUUUCAACAGGAAGGGGAGAGGAGCUUCCAUUCAUUCUACCAGCUGCUCAGAGGAGCUCCUGAUUCCCUCUUACGCUCUCUUCAUAUCAAAAAAGAACCAACUGCCUACAACUACAUCAAAGUCGGAGGGCAGAUUAAGUCAUCCAUCAACGACAACGCUGAUUUCAAAGCUGUGGCUGAUGCCAUGAAAGUGAUUGGUUUCACAGCAGACGAGGUUCAGACGGUUUACAAGAUCCUGGCCACCAUCCUACAUCUGGGCAAUCUGAAGUUCGGAGUGGACGGUGACAUCACCCUGAUAGAAAACACACAGCUGGUGUCUGUGAUCAGGGAGCUGCUUUCCACCAAAGAGGACAGCGUAGAGAAAGCUCUGCUUUACCGCACGGUCGCCACGGGCCGAGACGUCAUCGAGAAGCAGCACACGGCUCAGGAGGCCGGCUACGGGCGAGACGCUCUGGCCAAGGCCAUGUACGAGCGCUUGUUCUGCUGGAUCGUCGGACGCAUCAAUGACAUCAUCGAGGUGAAAAACUACGAUGCCAGAGUCCACGGGAAGAACACGGUCAUUGGGGUUUUGGACAUCUAUGGCUUUGAAAUUUUCCAGAACAACAGUUUUGAGCAGUUUUGUAUCAACUACUGUAAUGAAAAGCUGCAGCAGCUCUUCAUCCAGCUGGUUCUGAAGCAGGAGCAGGAGGAGUAUCAGAGGGAAGGCAUCCCCUGGAAACAUAUUGAUUACUUCAACAAUCAGAUCAUCGUGGACUUGGUGGAGCAGCAGCACAAAGGCAUCUUCUCUGUUCUGGACGAAGCCUGCAUGAACGUGGGCAAAGUCACAGACGAGGUUUUCCUCCAAGGGCUCAACACCAAGCUGGCGAAGCACCCCCACUUCACCAGCCGCAAGCUUUCAACAACCGACAAGAGUUUGGAGUUCGACAGAGACUUUCGCAUCAGGCACUACGCAGGAGAUGUGGUGUACUCAGUGGUGGGCUUUAUUGAUAAGAACAAAGACACGCUGUUCCAGGACUUUAAGAGACUCUUAUACAACAGUUCUAACCCGGUUCUGAAAGCGAUGUGGCCCGAGGGCAAACUGAGGAUCACCGAGGUCACCAAGCGUCCGCUGACGGCAGCGACGCUUUUCAAAAACUCCAUGAUCUCACUGGUAGAGAACCUCGCCAGCAAGGAACCAUACUACGUGCGCUGCAUCAAGCCCAACGAAGUAAAGUCCCCUCUGCUGUUUGAGAACGAGCGCUGCCGCCAUCAGGUGGAGUACCUGGGCCUGCUGGAGAACGUCAGAGUGCGCCGAGCCGGCUUCGCCUACAGACAGACGUAUCCUCGCUUCCUGCAAAGAUAUAAGAUGAUCUCAGAGUUCACUUGGCCGAACCACGACCUGCCGUCAGACCAAGAGGCUGUGAAGAAACUCCUGCAGGGCUGCAGGUUUGACCACGACGUGGCCUACGGCAAAACCAAAGUCUUCAUCCGGACUCCUCGUACCCUGUUCAGCCUGGAGGAGCAGCGAGCUGAAAUGGUCCAGAGAAUCGUCCUCUUCCUCCAGAAGGUGUGGAGGGGUACCCUGGCCAGAAUGCGUUACCGGCGGAUGCGCGCCGCCCUCAUCAUCCUGCGGGCCUACAGGCGCUACAAGGUCAAGUCCUACAUCCGCGAGGUCAACCGCCGCUUCAAAAACGUGAAAUCCAUGAAGGAUUACGGCCGACACGUGAAGUGGCCGACGCCUCCCAAAGUCCUGCGCCGGUUCGAGGAGGCGCUCAAGAACAUCUACAACAGAAACGCGACAGUCCCGACACGGCCUCGUCGUUCACGCUCGUUUCCAGCGAGCUGCAGCGCAAAGACAAAUUCAUGAGAGUUUUGUUCUCCUGCAACGUGCGAAAGAUCAACCGUUUCCACAAGGCAGAGAACCGAGCCGUGCUCAUCACCGACCGCCACCUGUAUAAGAUGGACCCCCUGAAGCAGUUCAAAGCCAUGAAGAGCACCCCCCUCUACAACGUGACGGGGCUGAGCGUGUCUCCGGGMAAGGACCAGCUGGUUGUGUUCCACACCAAGGACAGCAGGGACCUGGUGGUGUGCCUYCAGGGCAUGGUACCUGCCAACGAGAGCCGCGUCGGGGAGCUGGUUGGAACUCUGCUCAGCCAUUUCAAAAGCGAGAAGAGGAAGCUGCAGGUGAACGUGGCGAGUCCCAUCCAGUGCAGCUUGAACGGCAGGAAGUGCACCGUCGUCGUCGAGUCCAAGAUCAACCAAUCACAGCCCGACUUCACCAAGAGCCGGGCCGGUUACAUCCUGAGCGUUCCUGGAAACUAACGUGGGCCAAAAAAAAAAAAAAKCCAACAGUUUCAGACCAGGCUGGGAUCACGUCUGGAGUUUCUGUUCAGCUCUGCAGAGAUGCUGUGUUCCUGUCGGAUCGGAGGGAUUAAAUCCCCGUUUUCCAAAUUGAUGCCAAACUCCACCUCCUCUGCAGAGGACGUUAGUUUCAAAGACGAGGUUAURAGUCGUGCCCCGAACAUCCACAAGCGUGGAGGUUUUUCUCUUUUUGUUUUUGUUUUUUUACUCAGAUUUCUGUUGAUUCGCUUUGUGCAAUAUUUAAAUCAGUGCAGAUUGUUUGUUGUGAGUCAAGGUGAGAGCGGAUUAUUCCAGCUCUGUUCUCAGAACCAAUAAUGUUGCCUCAUCGGAGAGAAAGCCAGAGGGUUCAGCCGGGAUUAUAAUCCCUGAAGCCCCCCGUGUGUCGGAUCAAAGAGGAAACCUUUUAUGCACCGUUUUGUUUUGUCAUGUCUGCUUUAAAGCAAUAUUUUUUUUUAUUUUAAAUAAUUUCAGUGCUAAUGAUGUUAAUGAAGCAGGACCUGGAAUGUCCACGUUUAGUUUAUGAAAUGUUUACAGAUGGAGCGGGGCCAACGUCUGAGACGCUUAGUUUGGUUCAGAAUYUGUUGAUCAGAUUCUGAACAAACCCAGUUGAACAUGUUCAAAUCGAAUAAUUUAAAUCCUGUAUUUUUGUGCUGUUUAUGACUUUAUUCUGCUUAUAGAGAAAGAGAAGUGCUGUGUCAGCGCAGUGCCGCGUUAUAAAAUUGAAUAACAAGCAGCAAAAUCAAGAUAAGAAUCCAGAGUUAAAGUUUCUGCUCGGCAUCGAGUCCAGUUCUGUUUAAUCAAAACCCAGCUUCACUUUCUGUUAUUGUGUUUAGGGAAGAGCUUUUUUAAGAAAACCAAUAAAUAUUCCUGUGAUCGUCACAGAGAGCCACACGCCUGCAGGUUAGUAGGUUCAAAACCCAACAUUUCUGACUUCCARCACCUCUUCAGAAACUUUAACUUUUUUUCAUCCAAAGGCAGAAAACCAAAAAGCCGGAGGGACACGGUGGUUUUUACAGUUCCCUCCAGCCGACAAACGUUGAGUUUUCACGUUGCUUCAGGUGUCGUUACAUGUUCUGCUCUGAGUUCUGCUAGUAAUACUGCUUUAAUUUACCUACAUAUAGUGGWGGAAAAACUAGUACUCAGUGAUUUUUUUUAUUUCUUCCCAAAACAGCCAAACUUUCWGAAAUCGGCUUCUUUUUCGCUCGUUCUUUACCUGCUUAUUUUCCUCUCUGAUGUCCUCCACCUUUAGUUUAUUUGUUCUAAAACACGCUGAACGACCUGCCGCCGUGUUCAGGUGCUGGGCGAGAGAGAAAAGCUUUGAACUGUCGACCACGACCGUCAGCUGAAAGAGAGAAAAUCYAAUGGUUGAAGACUUUUGCACAGCAUCAUUUUUAUUUUAUUCUACUUCGAUGCAGAAAACUGUUUGAGUUUGAUCUGUGCCUUCGGACUGAGGAAGUGACUCUGGUGGUGUGAGUGUGUGAAUGUGUGUGUGCGUGUGCGCCCUCUCUGCUCGUCGUUAAGAUGAAGCUCGUGUCACUUCUCCUCUCUCUGUGCUCUUUAGUCCGGGGGUGGGGAGGGAGGGGGAGGAGCAAAGCCUCGUUUGACCUUCUCUCCUUCCUUUCUUCGCUCCUCCUCUCCCUCCAUCUUCACCCUSGUUUCAGUCCAGCUGGCCUGGAGCCCAGCUGCAGCUUGCUGCAGGUCGGCUGAGGGACGUGUGUUUAAACUUUAAGGUUUGGACGUUGAUUUGCUUCCGUUUGUGAGAAAAGAACUCGUCAGCGCUGCGCCGGAGGCUCCUCUCUGCGCCGCGACUGUUAGGAAACGAGUUGGCGACUCAUUGUGAGAAUAUUUUUUUCUGUCGUUUUCCUGGCRCUUUAUCUUAUUCGCCUCUGCUCAUCGUACCACCAACAUAAAAGUGCUUUUUUAGGAACUAGUUUCAGCAGCGUAUUAAUACACGUAUAGUGCAGUUAGGCUCUAAAUAAAUAGAAAUUAUAUUAAGCAGUGUAAACAACUGGUUGAUUCUGGUGUUUUUACUCCACUUGUUCAUAAAAAAACAAAAACAUCAGGUUUAUUUCAGAACUAAAUCCCUUCUAGUGCUUUUUUUUCCYUUCUGGAAGCUGAAAACGGUUCAACUGGUUGGAAAAAAAAAUGGGUAUGAAUAUGAAUGUCAGCGCUUGUGCCAUUGUUUUAUUUCAUCCUGAUGUUUUCUGCGUUUUGUUCCUAAUUUCCCUGUAAUCAAAGCAGCCGAGUUGUAACAAAUCACUGUUUGUUGUUUUCAGUGGCUUUAAGUCAGAUGUGUAUGUUUAUUCAGUAAGUGCCUAAAUUUAUAUUAAGUUUAUAUUUUGUAGUUUCAUAAAUCUAAAGAUAUAAUAUCCAGAGGGAAAUGCUGUAAUAUCAUUUUGUGCAGAUUAUUGUUUUUGUAUAAAUGUAGACUUUUUAUGAAGCCCCACACUGACGCAUCUAUUAAUCAGUUUAUUAAUAAAUUGAUUUGCUUCUCU